AUGGGUAUCACCCACCUCUUUUCCUCCCUCAUCACGUUUUUCCUCUUAUCCGCAACUCUACACGCCUCAAAGCCCAAAACUCAAGAAAUCAAAUCGGCCCAAACCCUCAACGACAUCAUAGCAAACUACACGCUCAGAUCGUACGCGGCCAACUCCACCAAGACAGGGGAGCUGCAGACCAUCCAUCUCCCUGAAAACCUCUCGGGCAUAGAAGUCGACAUCAUAAGGCUAAGGUGUGGAAGUUUACAAAGGUACGGCGCCAAAAUCAAGGAAUUCAACUUGGGCAGUGGCGUGAUGGCCCGUCCCUGCACCGAACGGGUCAUCCUCAUCCGGCAAAGCCUCGGGCCCAAAUGGACCUCUGUUUAUUACAACAACAAUAGCAGCUACCAGCUAAUUUCCCCUGUCUUAGCCCUCUCAGCUUACAGCCUCGUCAAAGGCGAGAACUUUAGCACAAUUCCGCCCGAGGUUGAAAUCCGGGCCAGAAAGAACCUGAUCACGAUCGACUUCAGCGGGUUGCCCUUAAAAUGGACCAAACCGGGUCUCGACCCGGUUUGCGCCAGCUUUGGUGACGACGGGGAGGUUGUGCUGUCGAACCAAACGAGGCCCAACGUCUGCUGCGCGGCGGCGGGUCCGGGCCGGUUCGGGCUGGUGGUGGUGGCCGGGCCGGACCUGAUAAUGCCGCUGAGGGGGAAGGUGGGGAAGUGGAAGAUCGCGGUGGUGAGCUCGAUCGGGGGGGCGCUGGGGGCGGCGCUGCUGUCGCUGCUGCUGGUGGCGAUGUUCGCGAACGCGAAGAAGAAAGCGAGGAUGGACGAGAUGGAGAGGCGGGCGUAUGAAGAGGAGGCGCUGCAGGUGUCGAUGGUAGGGCACGUGAGGGCGGUGACGGCCAACGGGACGAGGACGGCGCCGACGAUCGAGCAGCACGAGUGCAGGAAUUCGNUCUCGUUUCUCUAA